AUGCCUUCGAUUGCAGACAUUCCUUGCGAGCUGGUGUCAUCCAUUCUGCGAAGCCUGGACGAUUUUGAGACUCUUACCUCAGCUUUGCUCGUAUGUCGCCAUAUUUAUUCCUCCUUCAAGCAGAUCGCUGGCACUGAGUUGGCCAUUCUUCGUCGGAAAAUCGGGAUAGACCUACUCCCAUAUGCCGUCGCGUCUUUGGAAGCCUCAAGACUAAAGCCAAGCCCAGGUGAUGAUGGUUCCAUCCGCGCCUUGCUCGACCUACUCUACGAUGACCCUUCACAAUUGGUGGCCAGAACCGCUUCGAUACCUUCAGAACUCUUGCGAAGCAUGUUGCGCAAGCAUGACUGGGUGACUACUCUAGCACCCAGUUAUGCGGCAGAAGCUAAAAUUCACCUCUCCUCUGACAUCGCAGCAUCACCAGAGGCCGUCGAUCUGUCUCCUUCCGAGUACAUCCGCUUCUGUCGCGCCUUCUAUCGCGUCGACUUAUUCUACCUCCUUUUCGGCGCGGUCGGGAACUUCAACGGAUUGUCCGGAACGGGGAACUUGCUCUUCCACAGACAUCCGUCGUGGGUGACGAACAACUUGGCUGCGUACAUGACUUCAUUGAGGCGAAGUUUCUUGAAGGUAACUUCCAUCGACGUCCUUGCCCACGAUGUCACCUUCGGCGAAUAUGAGAUCGACUAUUUGACGACCAGCGGAGAUAAGAUGAUGAUACAUUCAUGGGUUAGUACUCUCUACCAAUCACCCGAGAACAAUUGGCUGAGCAUACGUGCAUACGUCUUUUGGGAUUGGGUCUACGUUCGAGAGCCCGACGUUCUGAAGCUCCAGGCCAGUAGCGGGAUGCUCAAUAGCAUGUCGCAGGUUCUGAUGGUUUACCAACUCCCCAAAAAAGCCCACAAGCUACAUGAAACAACGUCACCGGCUGGCCAUUGCAGCCACAUGUCUUCUCAUAUCAAGCUCUCGCGGCUAAAUCUGCGGCCAUUGAGCUUAAGAUGCAGCGCGCAAGCUACGCGACAGCAGAGACGAUCUCACCAUGACUUCAACCACUUUGUGUGCCGGUCAGAUGCCUCCGAAGCUGCACUCCAAUCGCCGAACAAAUUCAAGUUAGCGGUAAAGGACAAUAUCGCGACCGAAGGGCUGCCGACAACAUGCUCCUCCGCCAUCCUCUCCUCCCACAAAAGCCCCUACGAGGCCACCAUCGUGCGCCAGCUCCGGAAACGAGGUGCUCAAGUCGUAGGGAAGACAAACAUGGAUGAAUUCGGCAUGGGAUCCCACUCGCUGAACUCGAUCCACGGGCCUGUACUCAAUUCGCUGUCUGCGACGCCGAUCUCUGCUGGCGGAAGCUCAGGAGGCAGCGCGGUUGCGGUUCAGACAAGCGAAGCGGACGUCGCGCUCGGGACGGAUACGGGCGGUUCAAUUCGCCUUCCUGCGGCGUACUGCGGUGUGGUUGGAUAUAAGCCCUCCUAUGGCAUGCUGUCGAGGUUCGGGGUUGUUCCGUAUGCGAACUCCUUGGAUACCGUUGGUCUGCUUGCUAGGGAUGUUGAUGUUAUCGAGGAUUUGAUGUUCAGCACGGGACUGGACGCGGAACAUGACUCCCAGGACCCGACAUCCUUGUCAAAGAGCUUUCGAAAGAAGCAGCAGAGUCAAGCGGCCACUGGUCGGUCACGGCUACGCAUCGGCAUUCCUCUAGAAUACAAUAUCGAGGAAUUGGAUCCCAAGAUCAAAGCAGCCUGGUCUGACGCAGCAGACCUUUUGCAGAAAUCCGGCAUAGAGGUGGUUCCGGUAUCAUUACCGUCCACAAAGCACGCUCUAUCAGCAUACUACGUCAUCGCACCGGCAGAAGCAUCUUCCAACCUCGCCAAGUACGACGGCGUCCGCUACGGCACCCGCGGCGACGAGAGCGAUGGCGCUGGCGAGGUCCUCUACUCCAAGACUCGCGGUCUUGGCUUCGGCGAGGAAGUCAGACGCCGCAUCCUCCUCGGCGCCUACAGCUUGAGCUCCGAGGCAAUGGACAACUACUUUAUCCAAGCCCAGCGGGUGCGCAAGCUCGUCCAGCGAGACUUUGACCGCGUCUUAAGGCUGGAGAACCCCCUCUACGACGAACAGCAGUUCGACUUGAGCGAUAUGAAGGAUGAGGUCGAGCUUCAGGAUAAACUCGGCCCUUCGCAGGUGGACUUCUUGUUGUGUCCUACUGCGCCGACGUUUGCACCGCGUAUUGAGGAUAUCAAGCGGCAGACACCAGUGCAGGUAUACAUGAAUGAUGUCUUUACAGUGCCGGCCAGUCUCGCUGGGCUGCCGGCCAUCAGCAUCCCUGCCAAGAUCAAGUCGGAGGAUGAAGAGGUGGACGGUAGCCGGCGUGUGGCGGGUCUUCAGCUGAUCGGUCAGUACUGGGAUGACAAGCGGUUGCUCAGCGUGGCCAAGAAUCUCCUUAGCCAGUUACUUGCUUGA